AGAGCCAUGAUGCCAUACCUAGCCUGGCUUCAGUCCCACAAGAUCUGGUUGAGUCUGGUUUUACUCCGAUUCUGUUUGGUUUUCCUUCCACAACAAGGAUACAUACAUCCAGAUGAGUUUUUCCAGAACACAGAAGUUGUAGCAGGUGAUGUUCUGAAUAUUUCUGUGCUGCGGAGCUGGGAAUUUUCUGCAGGACUGCGAUCUGUACCACCCAUUUACUUCCAGUCAGGUCCCCCAUUUUAUCUGAUGAAGGGGAUUCCCCUGUUAAGGACGUCUUGCUGGGCAGUGGUGCUGCCACGGCUUAAUGCCUGCCUCCUCAGUCUGGUGGUGGAUUUUGUGGUAGCCUGUGUUUGUGGUUUGUCUUCUUUGGAGAGUAAAACUGUUCUCCCUAUCUUAGCGUCAUCCUACAUUAUGCUUACAUAUCUAACAAGAACAUUCUCCAAUUCCAUUGAAACUGUAGUUUUCUCCCUUCUGUUAUUGUUGGUGAUGAAAGUAGUGAAAGAUAUACAAGCAAAUAAAGAGUUUAAAGAGACUCAGAAGGAACAGCAUGAUAGAUACCAGAGGAUGUCUCUAGAAGAGUUCCGAAACAAACAUAAUACAAAAUCAGUCGGAUGUAAACAUAUCACGAACAUUUCCAGUAUGACUUUUUUCUGGAUAGGAUUUUUAUCAGCUAUAGGACUAUUUGAUAGACCAACUUUUGCAGCUUUUAGUGUGGGCCCCGUCUUGUGGCUGAUUAUGACAGUUGUGAUUGCCGGGGAUGGUUUGAUGUCAUGUUUCACCUUUAUGACCUUCGGAGCUGUUCUUCCCUCCCUUGUAAUGGUUCUUAUUGACACACAAUACUACAGCGGAAAAACAGUGGUAGACAUCCUGUCCAGAUUUAGACAGUGUGUAGUGACUUCUGAAAAUGUUGCUGAAUGCUGGGAGGAUUUUUUCAAGUUGUUUGUUGUAACUCCCCUGAAUUUUAUAAAAUACAACACAGACCCCAACAAUCUAUCCUCCCAUGGACGACACCCCCUGUACACACAUCUUGUUGUCAACUUACUCAUUUUGUUUGGUCCUUUUGUGGUGCUUAUGCUUGUAGAAGUUAAAAGACUCCUUUUGAGACAGUCCACAUCCCCUCGUCAUGUCCUGUUGUGUUUCGUGAUGGUCCCUGUCUUCAUACUGUCCAUGUUUCCUCAUCAAGAACCAAGGUUUCUCCUCCCCAUUUUGCCCGUAGUGAUUCUUCUGUGUGCCUCCACUCUGCAUUGUGUUCGUUACAGAUAUUUAUUUUUCUCCGUGUGGAGUAUAUUUAAUAUCACUUGCACAUUUUUCUAUGGAGUUUUUCACCAAGGAGGAGUUAUUCCCCUUUUAUCAUACAUAGAAAAACACACACACAACCCUCAUGCAGUUUUUACUCAUCAGGACCAAUUUCUUUUCUUCCAUACGUACAUGCCUCCAAGAUCUCUGUUGCUUAGCAACUCUUCUCUAGAACAAAUCACAGACCUUCAGGGUUCCUCCAUGCAAAAGCUUGUCGAAAGUAUCAGAACACGACACAAUGAUGACAGUUAUGUAGUCCUUCCAGGCACUCUGAUGGAGGAGUUUUCUCAGCAGAAUAUCAGUUUUGUUGUCACCAAGAUGUUUCCCCUUCACUUGUCUAUGGAGGAUCCCCCUCCACUGAGGGUCGUCAGGGAUUUUUGGGAGAAUUUUACAGGAACUUCGAGGAAGCUCUCAGACUUACUAUCAUUGUAUCUUAUCAAGUCAAAAAGCUAACACUGGACUUGUAUUUAUAAAAACAAAUAAGGGCAGUGAAAUGUUUAUACGUAAGUUUGUUUUGCCAUGUUUGUUUACCAUACAAUCCGAAGCACAUGUUUCUUGAAGAAACAUUUAUCCCACAAUUUAUUACAGAAACAUACAGAACCAGUGCAUUCAAAUAUUAUUGUAUGAUAUGGAAACAUUUAAUAAUACAUGUAUAUACUUUUCAAUACAUGUAAUAACUUUUUGUAUGGUAAAAAAGCUUACAAAGAAAUCCA